GCACUACUCUUCUGAAAAGGCAGCAAUGGCAUUCCAAGUACUAGUAGUCUAGUAGGCAUAACUGGAGAAUCAAGCAUUAUUUUGCAAAUCCACGAAUUAAAAUACACGACUAGAAGCCUAUAGAAACUCUUACUUGCACGAUCUCCUUGAGUAGCUAGCUGUACACAGCCUAUUGCUUGCGCAUGUGCACCAAGGCAUAAUAUGUAAAUAAUUCGCGGGGUGUGUUGUGGUUAAAUAUAACUUCUGUUCCUGGCAUCAUGUGAACUCCCAUUCCAAAAGUCUCAUAUAUUGGGCAUGGGGGGGCAGAGCAGGUGUCUUCCCUUUUGACUGAGGAUGCCCAAGAGCUAUAUUUAUACAUAGAACUAAAAAAGGCCAUAAAGACUAUACCGAUGGAAGAUACUGAAAGACCCCGCAGACAAAAACCUUCUAGCCAAGCUCACUUAAACCCGCUAGUGUUCCCUAUUUUCCAAUGGAAAUUAGCUGGAGAAUUAUUGAAACUAGGGCACACACCAGAAAAUCUAAGCAAAAUAUUUAAAACAAAGUCUUCCCUGAAGUCAGCAGAAAAAAAAAACCAGCAACCAGCAUAGAUUAGCUGCAUUUUUGAUAAAUGAAUGGGUCCGCAUUAGGCAAGGAAGAUAUCGACCAAAUAUGAAGAGCGUUGUUGAUCUAUUCCCGGAUGACCCCACGAAGAGGAAGCUCGAACGUUUCUCAGAAGAAUCUACAGAAGCUGAGUAUCCCAAAUGUAGCAAGAGUCAUAUGUCAUUCAAGCUCAUCAAGUUGGAGCCUUAUUAUAACUUUGGUUAGGAUCAUCACCCACAAAGGUGAACUCAGUGGGAUAUGCCCUCACCACGGAACAACACCAACUGGACAUAAAGAAUGGUGUUUUUACAAAAUUUACGAUGCAGAUAAUGAAUCUGGCUCUAAAUCCAUUGUGAAGACGCCAUCAUCAGAUACGGGGUCACUGUCAUCGGAAAGGCUCCAAUACCCAACCGCUCGAGUCCAGAAAGUUGGAAUUCCAACCUCAUCAUUUGCUGGACCAUCCGCACAUCGAGUUACUCUCCAAAAACUAAUAAGACUAUACAAUCUGACUGGUGAGCAACUCAGCAGUGAAAUAAGUGAUUCUGAAUUUCCCUACCUGACCGAAUAUUUUGAUGGUGUGAUGAUCUAUUCUAAAUCCAUGGGAUUAACUCCUGCUGAACAAGCUGAUGUGAAUAUGUUGUUCUAUAGAGAAGGAACUCAAGUAGCCAUGAUAAAAUGCUUUACUUUCUGGAAAACGCACAAUCCUUAUGCAGCAACUUACAGAGCUCUGCUGGAGUUGUUACUGAAACUGAGAAAAGAGAAGAUAGCUGAUGAAAUCUGUCAGCAUUUCACUCAAUGUACGUACAAUUAUAUAAAUACCACACAUUUUAUUAAGCUCGUGACACUUUAGUUGGUUUGUUCGUAUGUGUGCAUAUUCUAUGUCUGCUCAUCUGGAAACCCUAGCUCAGCCAGGUUCUUGUUUUGUUUUCAAACUAGGAAGCAUGCAUAAUUAAUUAUAUGUUAUACCUUGCACAUUGCAGUUCAAUGAGGCCUUCCACAGACAGCUAGAGCUGCAGUUAGUAAUGAAAGCACCGCAGGUGCUGAUACCUUGGUGGAGAUGCCAAAGCUACAUAACAUAAAGCUGCUUUUAUUCAGUCCAAUCAUGAUGCAAACUCAAGGAGUUGGUAAUGAUCAACCAUGAUUGUUGUUAAAAACGAUCGAUGCCAAAAGUUCAAGUCUAAAAUAGUCAGGCUGCCGUCUGCAGAGCCUUGCAGCUCUCUUCUCACUCUUGCAGCUACCAAUAGCUAGCGUUCUAGUGCAUAGCUAACUACUAAGUAGAGUAGCAACAUUCGGUAAACACGUUUGGCUACGUGCUCUUCUGAAAAACUAAGCAUAACUCAAGAACGAAGCAUUAUUUUGCAAAUCCCCAAAUUAAAAUCCAAGUAAACAUGACUAGAAGCCUAUAGAAACUCUUACUUGCACUUGAUUCAUCCUUGAGCAGCUGUAGCAGUCUACACACACACACACACACACACACACACACACACUACCGUAUACCUCGCUUGCGCAUGCGCACCGAGGCAUAAUAAGAAUCCUUAUACAAUGUAAUCUGUAGAGCUAUAUUGGUAGCUGUUAGAGUGAAAAAAAGCUGCAAAGCUGUUUAGCCAUGCAAUUAAUGACUUCAAACUUUUAGCAUCCUUUUUAGCAGCGUCGAUCAUUUCUGCAAAUGGUCAACAUGACACAGUCAAAAGAAGUACGACGCAAGUAUACCUCGAUUAGGCUUGAUCAGGUGCGAAAUUCAACAGUAAAGUCAUUGUUGCAUGCAUGUGACUCAUCUUUAGCCUAUAAUCAAAAGGAACAGCUUUUUUCAAUAUUCUCCACAGACAACAGCCUAACAUAACAAUAUGCAUAAAACUGUUCAUAAAAGUGUUGCUUUUAAAAUUAGCUAUAUUAAACUGAUGAUGAUAUAUCUAUAAUUAUAUGGAGCUCGUGUAUAUAAGCAAGCGGAAUGGCGGCAAUGGAUAUAGAAUUCCAUGUCACGUAAAACAUACAAGUUCAUAUUUUAAUUGUUUUCACUGUGUUU